AUGUCUCAGGAAGAAUAUGACUACGACUACGACGACUUUGCCAACGACGACGACAUUGUCGACCACGGUCCUUACCUUAACCUCGAUGGCGACGACCCUAAGUGGACUCCCUACCCUCCCGAAAACGACCCUUACGAAAUGAUGGACGCUUACAAGGCUCAGGCGGAGAAGGAAGCCAAGGGCAAGGAGAGAAACAUGAUGGUGGAUGAGUCACAGGUUGUCAUGGCUCCCAACCGAAGUAGAAUACCAAUUGUGAUCAAACUCACCACUUUCAACUACCCCCUUGUAAGUACCGCCUUGUCAAAAGCAUCGCCCAAGAAUUGGAAACGAUCUUGUUAG